AUGUUUAUCAGAGCUUGGGCUCAUGUCUGCAAAAACGGCAACUCUUCCUCAUUACCAGCCGAUCUUACACCCGUUUUGGACCGAACCCUUAUUCAGGACCCAGAUAGCCUUCAGAUGAAGUUCCUAGUCGAAUGGGCCAAACUCCUCCGAGACCCAAAUCCACGAAACUUGAAGGUAAUGCCACAAAUCAGUUCUCCAGAGAGCUUGAUUUGGUCCACAUUUGAGUUGACCGGUGAAGAUAUCAAGAAACUGAGAGAGAAAAAAUCGUCUCAACUAAGUGAGGAAGAAGAACCCAAAUCACUCCAUUUAUCUACAUUUGUUCUUGUUUGUGCUUAUACAUUGUCUCUCACGGCCGAAGCCAAGAACUUUGAGCAGAAGAAGAAGGAUUUUUUUGGUUUCAUGGCCGAUGUUAGGACCCGUAUGGAGCCACCGGUUCCGGUGAACUAUUUUGGUAAUUGCGUUGCAAGUUUUAGUACAAGUUUUGAGGCAAAAGACAUGGUGGGAGAGGACGGCGUCGUUUUAAUUGCCAAGAGAAUUAGCGAGAUGAUUAAGGGAAUGGAGAGAGGAGUUCUUGAAGAAACAAAGGGAGCGCCUGAAAAAUUUUCGGCUAUUGAACCGGGAACACCAACUGUUGGAGUUGCUGGGUCACCCCGGUUCGAGGUUUACGAAGCGGACUCCGGGUGGGGCAGGCCGAAGAAAGUAGAGAUCACGUCUGUGCAUAAGACUGGGGCCUUUUCAUUGGCGGAGAGCCGUGCCGGAAGUGGAGGCAUUGAGGUUGGUUUGGCUUUAAGGGAGGAAGGAAUGGACGUUUUUGCAGCUUCCUUUGCAGAUGGGCUGAGACAUUGA